GACGGCAAAUUGAACUCAUUAAAUCUGUCUUAAUUGCUUCAGUAGUUGAAAGCACUCUUUUCACAGGCUUGAAGGGCCAAUUCCCGAGUUGCUGCAGGUCACAUUCACCCCUGCAGUAAUCCCUCGCACAGAGAGCGCCCGGGCGAACAAAACCAGCACUGUUUCAGCAUGCAUGGGAUGGAUGAAAUAGCGAUAGGAAAGAUGUGAUAUAUGUGGGAUAUCGUCUGUAGUUAUUUUGGGUUGUCUCCUGCCUACUCAAAUCAGAGCUCAAUUAAGUAUCCAGCAACUUGUGCUGCGUAUUUUCUGAACGUUGUUCAUGACGAGUUUGAUUCUGGUGCGGGCAGGUAGUUCAGGGCUAAUAUCUUGCACAGAAAGUGAGACUCAAUAACAUGCACAUGCUGACUACUGGAGGAGAGGCUGAAGGACAUCCUGUUUUGACUUAGGCCUGUUAUUCUUUGGUGUGAAAUGAAGAAUUUGAUUCUAUUUUGGAAAUACUCGGAUUUCUAAUGCAACUGAACUUCAGUAGCCUUUUUUUGCUGUACAGAGUUCAACAAAUGAUUUUUUUCCUUAACAGAGAUGCAGAAGCUGUCACUAGUAGAAAGUUUCACUGAUACAGACACGUUGCACCAGAUGUCUCAAAAAGACCUAGCAGUUGAAGUAGGUUGUAUGUCUCUUGAUAAAAGCGACUGUAACUGGAAUGAAAAGACAAAUAAUGAAAUUAUUAAUCUAGAAAUAGUGCAGCAAAACCUCCCCAUGUUGAAUAACAAAGGGGGAAGUUCUGAGGGAUUUUCUGGCAGCAGUUAUAGCACCUCAGAACCCAGCAGUUCCUGGGGUGAUUUUGAAGGCUUCAGGGAGUCCUUAGACAAAUCAGAGAAGUUCAGUCAUGAUCUUGAAGUUUCAGCGAAGUCAACAAGAACUUGUAAAGUUGAUUUGGACUUGAGCAGAGGACACUGUAUCACUGAUCCAUCUCAAGGGAACAGAAUACAGAAGACUUCGAGCUCCCUAAACGAGGCAAAUCACAACUAUGAGGAUAUAUUUAAGAUGGGCUUUCCAGAAGUCUUUGUAUCACAGUCCAGAGAGGGCAUAAGAAGCUUAGAUCAAGUACUUGAUACAAAUAAUGAAGAUGUUGGGAUUCCUGAACUUAUGAAGAAUCAACUUUGCAUUGAUUCAGGAAACAUAUGGAGAAUACUUAGAGACUUUGAUAAUACCCCCAGCUUAAAAUAUCCCCGGAGUAAAUCUCAUUGCCAAGAAACCCUCUUGAGUGUACUUGGAAUAGAAGCAAAUCAAAAGGACUUUUCAGAGAGUCAGGAUAACAUUCUUGAGCAAUCAAAUGUUAAAGAUAACGAGGACUUCAGAUUUGAUGGAUUCAAUAUUAAUGACUGCCAAGCACUGAUCCAGACCAAGCUUUCUGUAUCACCGGAUUCCAGAAAUGGUCUUUUCACCCGUAAACUCUUUUUGAAAGCCACAUCAUCUGAUGGAAACAGGCACUGUGUAACAAUCCCAAGGAAGAAGCACAUUUUCACCACACACAACUUAAAAAUGAAAUUUUUCAGUAGUGAUGUUUGUUGAACCAGAUGCCCUCUUUAAUUUUGUUUUUCUUUUUGAGCUGCCUACAAUUUACCUUCAUUUUGUUACUGGCUUGGUGCUAUAGACUACAUAUGUUCUUUAGGAAAGUGAUGGUUGCUGUAUGUGAGGUACCUAAAGCCACAUUAUUAGAAGAUAUUUAUCUUACUUAGUUGUGAAGUCAAAUGUGUCAUUUUGUCCUACUUGGUUUUACUGCAGGGUCAUGCUUCUUACAGUAAAUCCAUCUGCAAUCACACUUUAGAGUCCACUCUGCUGGACUACUCUCCUGAACUACUGACCUUGCAGGCCUUAAUGCCUCUUUGAUCAAAAACCUUGUUUCUCUACCAAAGUCCAAACACACCUUGAGUGUGUUGUGAAGUGUGCCUUGCUACCAUCUCUCGUCCAGUUUGGAUCAGGUGAGAUCUGCCAAUGUUGAGCAUAAUGUGAGGAGCUCCUACAUCUGAUGGCUUUCCUUGGGCUUUAGGAAAAGAAAAGUGUUUUAACUCCUCUCUGAUGAAGCCUACCGUGAUGAAGUGGGUAGAGUUGGUUGCUCAUUUUGUCCUGGCAUUGGUUCUUGACUGAAAUAAAUCACCUCUCUGAAGCUGAUUUUAA